CGGAAGCGGAGCCCUGCUGUCGUUUGUCCCCGCGGCCGGAGGCUCCGGCUGGCCGCGGGUUGCGCCACGGCGGUGUCGCAGCGUUCGCGGGAGCGUGUAAGGAUUCUGGACGUGGGGCUCCUGCAGGAAUCAGUGGAACUGACAACAACGUGGGUUUAUGUGUGCUGCUAGGCUGCGUGCAAAGACCUGGUGACAGCAGGGCAGAAGGUGGAACUGGGAGCAGCAGAAGGAGGUGAUGCAUGUAAAGCUUUAUAGUUACAGAAAUCUUCAAGAAGGUUUUCGUAUGAAUGGAUGUCACCAGAAUCUUCCUACAGCAGUUUAAGUUGUUUGUGAACUCACCUUAAACAUGAGUGGCUCCAAACCUGAUAUUCUUUGGGCCCCACAUCACGUCGACCGUUUUGUUGUGUGUGACUCAGAAUUGAGCCUUUAUCACAUUGAAUCUGCUGUAAGUUCAGAACUCAAGGCAGGGUCCUUGCGUUUAUCAGAAGAAACUACUGCCACGCUGUUGUCAAUAAAUUCGGAUACACCGUAUAUGAAAUGUGUGGCUUGGUAUCCCAAGUAUGAUCCUGAAUGUCUUCUUGCUGUUGGACAGGCCAAUGGUCGAGUGGUGCUUACGAGCCUUGGUCAAGAUCACAACUCAAAAUCUAAAGAUUUGAUAGGGAAAGAGUUUGUUCCCAAGCACGCGCGACAGUGCAACACUCUAGCAUGGAACCCACUAGAUAGUAAUUGGCUUGCUGCUGGAUUAGAUAAACACCGGGCUGACUUUUCAGUAUUGAUCUGGGAUAUCAGUAGCAAAUAUGCUCCAGAGACUGCAGUUGCUACAGAGAAAGUGAGACUUUCAACAGGAGAUCCGGAAGCAGGACUAGUGGUAACAAAGCCACUCUAUGAGUUAGGGCAGAACGAUGCUUGUCUCUCCCUUUGUUGGCUUCCACGGGAUCAGAAGCUUCUUUUAGCUGGAAUGCAUCGCAAUCUGGCUAUCUUUGAUCUGAGGAAUACAAGCCAAAAAAUAUUUGUAAAUACCAAGGCUGUCCAAGGAGUGACUGUUGAUCCGUAUUUCCAUGAUCGUGUAGCUUCCUUCUAUGAAGGCCAAGUUGCCAUAUGGGAUUUAAGAAAGUUUGAAAAGCCAGUUCUGACAUUGACAGAGCAACCAAAACCUUUAACAAAAGUGGCAUGGUGUCCAACAAGGACAGGACUGUUAGCUACUUUAACAAGGGAUAGUAAUAUCAUUAGGCUGUAUGACAUGCAGCAUACUCCCACGCCUAUUGGAGAUGAAACUGAGCCUACAAUAAUUGAAAGAAGUGUCCAACCGUGUGAAAACUACAUUGCCUCAUUUGCCUGGCAUCCCACAAGUCAAAAUCGAAUGGUGGUAGUGACUCCCAAUAGAACUAUGUCUGACUUUACAGUUUUUGAAAGAAUUUCUCUUGCAUGGAGUCCAGUGACAUCCUUAAUGUGGGCUUGUGGGCGGCAUUUAUAUGAGUGUACAGAAGAAGGAAAGGCCAGCUCCUUGGAAAAGGAUAUAGCGACCAAAAUGCGGCUCCGAGCUUUGUCAAGGUAUGGCCUUGAUACUGAACAAGUUUGGAGAAAUCACCUUCUAGCUGGAAAUGAAGAUCCUCAGCUGAAAUCACUUUGGUACACUCUGCACUUUAUGAAGCAGUAUACUGAAGAUAUGGAUCAAAAACUUACAGGAAACAAAGGUCCCCUAGUUUAUGCUGGCAUUAAGUCAAUUGUGAAGUCAUCUUUGGGAACAACUGAGAACCUCAGGCACAGCAGGAGUGGAUCUGAUAGACAGGCAGAUAUUAUUCAGUAUCUGAGUGAGGAGAGAUCCUUGGCUUUGCAGCUCUGUGGGUGGAUAAAGAAGGGAACAGACUUAGAUGUGGAACCUUUCUUAAAUUCAUUGGAACAGGAAGGAGACUGGGAGCGAGCUGCUGCUGUAGCACUGUUCAAUUUGGACAUACGGCGGGCAAUACAAAUUCUAAAUAAAGGUGCUUCCUCAGGAAAAGGUGAUCUGAACCUUAAUGUAGUAGCAAUGGCUCUGUCAGGCUAUACAGAUGAGAAGAACUCACUUUGGAGAGAAAUGUGCAGUACUCUCAGACUGCAGUUGAACAAUCCCUACCUGUGUGCUAUGUUUGCUUUUCUGACAAGUGAGUCUGGUUCAUAUGAUGGUGUUCUGUAUGAAAAUAAUGUGGCAGUACGAGACAGAGUGGCAUUUGCUUGCAAGUUCCUCAAUGAUGCUCAGCUGAACAGAUUUAUUGAGAAGCUGACGAAUGAAAUGAAAGAUGCUGGGAAUUUAGAAGGAAUACUGUUGACAGGGCUGACAAAAGAUGGUGUGGACUUGAUGGAAAGUUACGUUGACAGAACAGGUGAUGUCCAGACAGCAAGCUAUUGCAUGUUACAGGGUUCUCCAUCAGAAGUACUUAAGGAUGAAAGGGUUCAGUACUGGAUUGAGAACUAUAGGAAUCUUUUAGAUGCUUGGAGGUUUUGGCACAAACGUGCAGAAUUUGAUAUCCACAGAAGUAAGCUGGAUCCCAGUUCAAAACCUUUAGCUCAGGUGUUUGUGAGUUGCAAUUUCUGUGGAAAAUCAAUCUCCUACAGCUGUUCAGCCAUUCCUCAUCAGGGGCGAGGUUUCAGCCAGUAUGGGGUUAGUGGUUCACCAACGAAGUCAAAAGUUACCAGCUGCCCUGGUUGUCGUAAGCCACUUCCUCGCUGUGCACUUUGCUUGAUAAAUAUGGGAACUCCAGUUUCCAGUUGUCCAGGAGGAUCCAAGUCAGAUGAAAAAGUGGAUCUUAGCAAAGACAAGAAGUUGGCCCAGUUCAACAACUGGUUUACUUGGUGUCACAACUGUAGGCAUGGUGGACAUGCUGGGCAUAUGCUCAGUUGGUUCAGGGACCAUACUGAGUGUCCUGUGUCUGCCUGUUCGUGUAAGUGUAUGCAGCUGGAUACAACAGGGAAUCUUAUCCCAGCAGAGACUGUUCAGGUGUAAAUAUUCCUUGAAAAUGUGAGGAUCUCUAAUGGAUGUCCAUUCUAGUCCAAGCAUACAUUUUAGACAGAGGUCGUUUGUGACUUAAUGACUGUGAAAAAAUAAAUUGCUAUCAGAUGAGUAAAAUGCUGUGUGUAUGACUGUGCAUGGUAGAAAUUGAUAAUGGAAAUAAGCCUCUUGGAUUUAUCACAUGGGCCUCAGCCAGUGGAUUUAAGCAGUUAAGGGGCCGGGAGGCUUUGUUGAAAUUCAAAGAAUUUUAACAACUUGUUCAGGGUAAUGUUUUUGGGCCCUUUUAUCAGUUUAUCAGUUUUUCCAAAUAAAGCAAUGUUUAUCUGUUGUGCUCAGUGAAAGUAAACCUUCAAAGCAAAUGGCGAAAAAGCCUUCUUCAGAGGAUGGCAGAACGAUGCUGUGGUGUCCUUUCACUGAUUGAUCACACUUCAUUGAAUGCAAUCACUUCCUUGUAAGUCAAUUAAGAAUGUUACUGCUAAUUAUAUUCUAAAUAAUUUUAUUUUACAGGAAAACCUAUUUCUUUCUUUUCUCAACUUUUGUUAACAGUAAAGCAAUACCUUUGCAAUUUGAGAGCUUAUUUCAUGUGCUGAUGUGAAUUAUAAUGCUAAAGAGUCUGGGGAGAUUAUCCUAGACAGGAGUUCCCUGAAAACUCACGUGUCAGUUUCACUGCAGAGUGCAGACAAAUUAUUAGAAGUUUGAUACGACUGUUUUAUUUUUAACAUAAUACUGUGAAGAUCUGAAAUCUCAAGACUGGAGACUUGUAAACAUUUCAGGUUUAAACUACAUACUGAGUUUUGUCUACAAGCAUUUUGAAUUUUUGGGACUUUCGGAUAAUCAGGAUUUUUUGGCACUUCUGAAAUAGACUGGGAAGCGUGAAGUGAACCUAUUUAAAUCCUGCUUCAGGUCACUGCUGGACACCAGUGUGCUCCUAAAGACUGCACGAUUUUGUGUCAUUGACUGCAAGUGGUAAAAAAAACAUAUAUGUAUGUUACCAGCUGGAAUUAAGUAUAUUUAUUAACUUGAGAGUCAAUGAUAUUUUGCUAAAACUGUGCUAGGAGCUAAUCGGUAUUGUUGUCCUUAAUUUUGUAGGCAACAAAAUUCAUAUUAGGGGGGAAAAAACACCUGUUUUAAGGUAUGUGAAAAUAACAUCAGUUUACUUGGUGUGUGUUUAUUUACUAUUAGAAACAGUGUAUGAGUUACUUAUUACUUGCGUGCUUUGAAAUACUAAAUGGAAUGCUAGCAAUAAACUGGCACCAUAUUGCCAGGACUGUGACAUUUGUUGUUUUAAGAAAGAAUAUAUUGUAACAUACCACGGGUUCUAAGUGCUCUAAUGUAGUUGCAACAAGAUAGAAAGUAGAAAUGGUGUCUGUGGGUGUACAUGACUGCAUUUGGAACUUCCAGUCAUAUUUUCUGAUUAAUGCUGUACUACGUCUGCUAUACCUACUCUGAUCUAAAAUUCUUGCCUAAUUGACAAAGAUAUACAGUUAAAAUCUAAGAGGUACUUAAUACCUGUAGUCAGACUAUCAUGGAGGAGUGGUUAAUGGUUUUUUUUUUUUCUUGUUGGAAUAUUUAUUUCUAGUAUUUUUGCACACUUUGUUUCUGUUGAAGUGGUCUUUAAAAUGUUCUCCAUUAAUAAAUGUAAACUGGGGUUUGAUGUAUGAUACCCUAUUUAUAUAAACACAGGCAAUAACACUUUUGCUUUACAGAAGUGAGGAUUUGUAAGUGCAAAGGAUAUAUUUUUAUUCCUCUCUAGUACCAUCGAUUAGUAAAUUUUCAUGAUAAAUACCAUGUCCAGGAACCUAACUGCUUAAAAAUGUCUCUUUUUUUAAUGUAAAAAAGAAGGCUCAACUUUUUUUGACUUGACUAUACCUGUUUGUUUCAGUUUCUAUCAUUUUAUUAAAUAAGUUGCCUACUUUGAUGUUCAGCAUGUCUUUGAAAUGUUUUAGGUUACUAAUAUGUACAUAUUCUGGUCCAGUGUAAGUACCAACUUUUGCUGUUGUUAAUUGGUGUUUGAGCUUUCAGACCAAUAAUUACACUAUUCCUAAAAACUUA